UGAUUUUUUUGCUGAAUAUGUAUGUUAAUUUUUCUUCAUGUCCCUUAGAUUGAUUUUGUUAUUUGAUUGUACUUCAGAUAAUAAUGUAAUAUUAUGUGUCAUUUUAGGGUGGAAAAAUCCAAGCAACUGUGAGGAAGCUCAUGUUUAGGAAGUGGGGUGAACAGUUCGUGGAAGGAAAUGUUUAUAUCAUUACAUUUUUUCACUUAAUCCCCAAUUUGGGUGCCUAUCGACCUACUGAUCAUGCUUUUAGGAUUCUUUUUAAUCCUAAAACUAAGAUCAUUCCAGCUGAGAGUAGCAUUAUCCCAAGGUGGGGAUUUUCUCUGAAGGAUUCUGCUCAACUUAAUGAUGAUGGCUUCCAGACGGAAUACUUAGUUGAUAUGAUUGGUUUGUUGACAGCUACCUCUGAGGAAAGGACUUAUGUCAAGGAUGACAUUGUUACAAAGAUGAUGUUGCUUGAAAUUAGUGAUGACAAAGGAAAACUGGAGUGUGCCCUUUUUGGAGAGUAUGUUCAGAUUGUAUUGGACUACCUUAGUUCUAAUCCUUUGGAAAAGCCUGUUGUGGUUCUCCAGCUUGCAAAGCUUAAGUCAUUUAGAGGUAAGAAUGUUCUUCAGAAUGUAAUGAAAGCAUCGAGGAUUAUCUUUAAUCCUGAGGUUGCUGAAGCUGAAUCUUUGAUGGACCGCAUAUCUGGCCUUAAUAUGCAGGCCAAUCAACCUGUGGGGCAUAUUAUUUAUCCUAAUCCUUCUGUUCCAAUUUUUGAAGAU